UAUACCCGCUGACCGUCAGACUCUUCGGGGUUGAACCGUGUCUGUCCGCGCCUUGUCGUCUGUUAGCGUAUAUGGCGACCGGUUAAAACAAAAACCUCCGGUUUCUUCGCUCCGCCAGCCGGUUAGCUCCUAUUAGAGAGCUAACGGGCUUCUGGUGAAAUGGGAUGAUGUAGCGGGAUAACUCUGCGGGAGAACUACGCAGUACCUUAGCAUGCUAAGCUAACGCGGAGCUAACGGCUGGAAGCUAACCCCCCGAGCAGCGUUCACCUGCAGGCUGUUAAGCUAAUGAUGGAAAGCGGGAAGCAGAACGAGUCCGGGGCGACUUUACCACCGGAGUCCGGCGGUAACCCGGCGAAGCCGAGCGGACUGUCGCCGCUGUCCCCCGGUAAGAGACCCUCCGUCGGGGAGGACGAGGCGGGCGGGGGCGCCGAGGCGAAACUCUUCGGCAAGGGUCUCGCGGCCACCUCCCUCCUCCAGAUCGCGAUACGGAACGGAAUCUACCAGAACCAGGUGGCCAACGCGACCGGCGGCUCGGCGAAGAGCGGCAACCUUUACAGCCUGACGUCGGCGGGCAGCAGCGCCUCCGUGAACUCGCUGCUGAACCGGCGGCGGCACCGACACAAGCGGAACCUGUCCCUGGGGGCUCCGCCGACGAGCGCCGGCUCCCCGCCCGGGGCGUCCGCCGAGGCGGCCGGCCCGGCUCCCUCCUCCGCCUCGCCGCUGAGCACCCUCAGCCUGGACAGGAAAACCUUCCUCCGGCAGAAGCAGUCGAAGCAGCUGCAGGCCGCCGACAGGUCGUGGGUGAGGUCGGACCUCCGGAGGGGCUGCGUCCACGUCCACGACUGGCUGACGCCCUCCUACCCCCGCCCGGUGCUCUGCACCCUGGACACCACAGCCAGAGAGGUGGCCUGUAAGCUGGAGGGGAGCAAAUCUGGAGCUGUGCUGAGAAUAAACUGUAAACCUAACCCACCUGACCCAAACCAGCUCAGUAAAGAUGAUAACGGACUCUGUGACGCUCUGGAUGUGAAAAACCUGAAAUGUGAGGAACAUGAGAAGUGUUUCUCUGACCUUAAAGUUCCCAAUAAUUUAUUUCUUCAUGAUAAAACUGGGAGCAGCUCUUCCUCAGAGAUCUGUCUGAACGACAUUGAUCUGGGUCAGACGGCGGCGGACUGCUAUGGAGCGUAUUCUGGUUCUGACAUGGAGAGCAGCACCUGCGAGGACUUCAGCCCAGGUGCACCCAGGAGCACGGAGAACCCAGACUCGCUCAGCGAGGGCCUGGUUCUGGGCCUGGACUCGUCUGCGAUGAGCUGCGACAGCCCCCCUGAGGGACCCGACCCCUUCGAGAGUUCCUCGGACGACCUUGAGCUCACCUCCUCUCCAUCACAUUCAACUGACAACUCUGCUGCAGACCCGCCCCCGUCGGACCCCCUCCCCGGCGGCGGCGGCGAACAAACCGUCAAACCAACCCUCAACAAAUGCCCCGGCAGCUCUCAGACCCGGCCCCUCACCAGCCAGGAGACCCCGGCGGCAUCGAGGGGAUGGGCCGAGCCCGCCCAGCCCAGCCCGACCCCGGCCCUCAUGCUCCAGCUGCACGGCGGGGCGGUGAGGCGGCUGGGCGACGGCGAGCGACCCCUCCAGAUCCUGAACGAUUACCUGUCCGACCUGGGGUUCGAGGAGGCGUGGAGGGUGCAGGAGGAGGGCUUGAACCCGGACAUCGGCUGCCUGAUACGCUUUUAUUUUGGGAAGCCUCGCAGCGUGGGGCGCUCGGAGCGCGUGCAGCUCUCGGGGGCGUUCAACGUGCGUAAGGGGAAGCUGGCGCUGCCGGUGAACCGGUGGUCGAAGCGUCAGGUCACGCUGAGCGGAACCUGCCUCAUCGUGUCGUCUGUGAAACACGCACACACCGGCAAGAUGCACAUCCUGCCCCUCAUCGGAGGAAAGGUGGAGGAGGUGAAGAGGCACGGCCACUGCCUGGCCUUCAGCUCCGCCGGUCCUCAGAGUCAAACCUACUACGUCAGCUACGAGUCGUACGCCGAGCACCUGCGCUGGCACCGGGCCGCCUCAAAGGUCGCCUCUCAGAGGGUGAGCUCCGUGGACCUGUCGGGCUGCAGCCUGGAGGAGCUGCCCCCUCAGCUGUUCUACAGCCAGGACCUGACGCACCUCAACCUCAAGAACAACUUCAUGACGCCGCACAAAGGUGUUCCCGCUCUCACCAGGUUUUGUAAGCUGAAGAGCCUGAGUUUGUCCAACAACGCUCUGUGCGAGUUCCCUCCUGCUUUUUGUGACAUCACCUCRCUCACAGAGCUCAACCUCUCUGGAAACCGCCUCUCCUGUCUGCCGGCAGAGAUGGCGUCGAUGCACAACCUGCAGACUCUUCUCCUGGACGGGAACUUCCUGACCUCUCUGCCCGCAGAGCUGAGCUCUCUGGAGGGGCUGUCCUACCUCGGCCUGUCCUUCAACCAUUUCAGCUGCUUGCCCCCCGUCCUGGAGAAGCUCCGAGGCGUGGAGAAGCUCUGUCUGGCGGGGAACCAGCUCUCCGUCCUGGAUCUGUUCGGGCUGCAGUGGCUGCCCGCUCGCUCCGUGGACCUCAGGCUGAACCGGCUUCAGAAGGUGGUGGAGGCGGAGCCUGAGCAGCUGGUCCACAUCGUGCAGCUGGACCUGAGGGACGCGGGUCUGCAGGAGCUGGACGUCCGGUGCUUGUGUAAGCUGGAGCAGCUCCGCUGYGACAGAAACUCUCUGUCGCUCCUCAGAGUCGCUGGCCACGCCCUCAAGAGCCUGCACGCCGCGCAGAACGAGCUGAGGCAGCUGGAGGUGCAGCCUGCRCCGGAGAACCUGACUGUUGUGGAUCUGUCCAGGAACAAACUGGAUCGAGUCCCAGACUGGUUGUGUGAGAGCAGCAGGCUGGAGGUGUUGGACAUCAACCGUAACUGUGUCACAGAGCUGCCUGUGUGGCUGGUGUCCAGCGGGAGCCUCAGGAAGCUGCUGGCGGGCUGGAACGAUCUGUGCUGCCUGAGCGAGAGGCUGGAGAGAUCCCAGCUGGAAGUCCUGGACCUCCAGCACAACCACCUGACGGAGCUCCCGCACAACCUGUUCAUCAAAGCACAGAGCUUACGCUACCUGAACGUGUCGGCCAACAAGCUGGAGGAGCUCCCUGCAGCCGGCCUGUCGGAGGAAGCCGUCAGCAGCCUGGAGGAACUCUACGUGACCAACAACAGCCUGAGCGAUAAGUGCGUGCCCCUGCUGACGGGACACRGCGGCCUCAGGGUGCUCCACGUCGCCUACAACCAGCUGCAGACUUUCACUGCCAGUAAACUGGCCCAGCUGGAGCAGCUGGAGGAGCUGGACCUGAGCGGGAACCGACUGAGAGCCGUGCCGACCACCAUCCUCAGCUGCCAGCGGCUGCACACGCUCUCCGCCCACUCCAACUGCAUCAGCACCUUCCCCGAAGUCCUGCAGCUGCCCGACAUCAAGAGUGUGGACCUGAGCUGCAACGAGCUGACCGAGGUCACCCUGCCGGAGGCGCUUCCUGCAAAGCUCCAGGAGUUGGACCUCACAGGAAACCCUCGACUCAACCUGGACCACAAGAGCCUGGAGCUCCUCAACAACAUCCGCUGCUUCAGGGUGGACCCGUCUCCUUCGGCUCCGGGUGCGAGCGACGGUCAGGGAGUCCCCGCGGUCUGGAGCCACGGCUUCACCGAGGCCUCUGGAGUCAAAAACAAGCUGUGCGUGGCGGCUCUGGCUCAGGACAGCUUCUGUGGGACGCGCGAGGCCCUGUACGGCGUGUUCGACGGGGAYCGCAACGUGGAGGUGCCUUACCUGCUGCAGUGCACCAUGGGAGACGUGCUGGCRGAGGAGCUUCACCGAGGCCAGAGGCAGGAGGACUACAUGACCAACACCUUCCUGACCAUGCAGAGGAAACUGGGYACGGCAGGUCAAAGGAUGGGCGGCUCGGCGGCGCUGUGCCACAUCAGGCACGACCCGGUGGCGCCCGGCGAGCACGGCGGCUGCUUCACRCUGAAGGCCGCCAACGUGGGGCGGUGCCAGGCCGUGCUGUGCCGAGGCGGGAAGGCUCUGCUGCUSUCCGAGGUUCACACCGUCAGAGAGGAGGCGGAGUACCAGAGGGUCCGACGCCAUAACGCCAUCAUCACCGAGGAUAAUAAAGUCAGCGGAGUGACGGACUCCACCAGGAUGAUGGGUUACUCCUUCCUCUGCCCCUCGGUGACGCCCCGCCCCCACGUGUCCACGGUGACGCUCACCCCUCAGGACGAGUUCUUCCUCCUGGGCAGCCGGGGUCUGUGGGAGGUGCUGUCCCCCGCCGAGGCCGUGGAGGCGGUCCGGACCGUCCCGGACGCGGUCGCCGCCGCCAAGAAGCUGGUGACGUUAGCUCAGAGCUACGGCUGCGCCGACAGCCUCUGCGCCGUUGUGACGCAGCUCAGCGUCACCGAGGACUGCUGCUGCUGCGAGGCCCCGCCCCCUCCGCCCAGCCCCGGGGCUCCGCCCGCCGCGUACCCGCCGGGCGGCGAGGGAGGGCUCUCGCUGCCCCCCGCCUCCUCCGGCACCGCCAGCGAGCUGAGCAGCGAGUUCAGCACGUCGGAGAUGAGCAGCGAGGUGGGGUCCACGGCGUCCUCCGAGGACCCGCCGCCCCAAACCGAGCCCGGCGCACAGGUCCGGUGCGGAGCGCGGAGACCCGCCCGCGGCGGCGGGGGGGUCUUCCAGCGGCAGUUCUCCGGGGCGCUGUCCGACAACGGUCUGGACAGCGAGGACGAGGAGCCCAUCGCCGGCGUCUUCUCCAACGGCAGCCGUGUGGAGGUGGAGGCCGACGUGCACUGCCUGCGCCGCCACGACUGCGCCCACGCCGCCGCCGCCGCCGAGCCCCCCCGCUCGCCACCGCCCCCCUCCCCAGCCCCGCCCCCUUCCCCUGACGCCCAGGCGGGGACGCUGGGCCGCCGGGCUCGAGCCAACGGCUCCGUGGCCCGCCAGGGCCGGAACCAGGACGUGAUCGAGGAGGCCGGCGACGCCCCCGUCAGGAAGCAGGGGGGCUACUUCAACGCCCCCGCCCAGCCGGACCCCGACGACCAGCUGAUCAUCCCCCCGGAGCUGGAGGAGGAGGUCCGCAUGAUCAUCCAGCAGCAGCAGGAGCAGCUGCAGACRCACAACCAACAACAAGCACACGCCUACCAGAGACCCCCCGACUACUUCGUCACCCCCCUCUGACAGAACCCCCGACCCGCUCCACGCUUUGGACCAGAACCUCUCACUUUUCUACUCCUCUUCCUCUUCCUGUAACACUUUGAUCAAAUCUGCACACGUAGUUAUUUUGUUAUCAUAUCUAUGAUAUGAAGAAGCACUUAUUCAGUCCAGAUUUAUGUGAAACGGUACGUCCAGCUGCUGUCGCAGGUCGUAGCUGUUUAACAACUCCCAGGAGUUUAAGACUUUAAAGUGAGUUAGUCACUGAGGCGCACUAAUAUUCUCUGAGAGAAAACAUCUUUUAUUUCUGGAACGACUGACGAGUUUCGGUUCCCAGCUUUGGGUUUCUCUGGGCCGGGUCGGGUCCGGAGCGGUGCUGCGGCGAUCAGUUACUAACGAAGAUUUUUUUUUUUUUGUUUGUGAGAAGUGUUACAGACGUGUCGAAUAUAAAGCUGCACCAGAGAGUUACUUUUGCUAAAUAAUAAAGUUUUCAGAUAAA